GCUUCGGAUGAAUGCAACAAGAAACAACCAAGUGACUGCGACACACUUGAGUACAGGAACGGCGAAGGACUAGUUGUGACCUACAUGCACUGCAAAAUGGACAGUUCACCGAUUGUGACAACCUAUUCCAACAACAAGAGCAAAUUCUCGUUGACAACGCCCUUGUUCACACCUGCAGUCGGUGUCGCUGCUGCUGGAGCUGGUGGUCCUGCUGGUACUGGGUCACGUAGUUACGUCGAUCCGCAUACAUAUGAAGAUCCUAAUCAAGCAGUUCGGGAAUUUGCUAGGGAAAUCGACGCUGGUUACAUAACGAUCGAGGCUAUUAUCGGUGGUGGAGAAUUCGGUGACGUUUGUCGAGGAAAACUGAAAUUACCGCCUGAUGGAAGAUCAGAAAUUGACGUCGCCAUCAAAACUUUGAAACCCGGGUCGGCAGAUAAAGCGCGGAACGAUUUUCUUACGGAAGCAUCGAUCAUGGGGCAGUUUGAGCACCCGAAUGUAAUAUUUCUUCAAGGGGUUGUAACAAAGAGCAAUCCAGUGAUGAUUAUUACAGAAUUUAUGGAAAAUGGUAGCUUGGAUACAUUUCUCCGUGCGAAUGACGGAAAGUUUCAAGUGCUUCAAUUGGUUGGUAUGUUACGUGGCAUUGCAAGCGGUAUGCAAUAUCUUGCCGAGAUGAAUUACGUACAUCGUGAUCUAGCUGCGAGAAACGUCCUUGUCAAUGCUGCACUUGUCUGCAAAAUCGCCGAUUUCGGUCUCAGCCGAGAAAUUGAAAGCGCUACCGAGGGUGCAUACACAACCCGAGGUGGGAAAAUCCCAGUUCGAUGGACAGCUCCGGAAGCGAUAGCUUUUCGAAAAUUCACCAGUGCCUCAGACGUAUGGAGCAUGGGUAUAGUCUGUUGGGAAGUAAUGUCGUACGGUGAGCGUCCAUAUUGGAAUUGGUCGAAUCAGGACGUAAUUAAAUCGAUCGAGAAAGGUUAUCGGUUGCCGGCUCCGAUGGAUUGUCCCGAAGCUAUUUACCAGCUGAUGCUGGAUUGUUGGCAAAAGGAACGAACUCAUCGACCUACGUUCGCUAAUUUAACGCAGACACUUGAUAAACUCAUUCGAAGUCCGGACACUCUCAGAAAGAUCGCUCAGAACAGCGUGAGACCACCUGCACAUAAUCCAUAUUACGUAACGAGCCACGCUACUCCCAGUGGCACCGGUGGUGUUGGGUCCACAGUCGGUCAUCAAUCUGGCCAAUCAGUCAACAAUACGGGAAUGGGGGGCGUUGGUAGCGAUGUAGGUCCGGGCCCGCCAUUCAUAGACGUUACAGGUGGUGCCAAUGGUCAUCAAUCCCAUCUUGCUCAAUCAACGAUUGCCGUUCCAGUAAUGCCAGCGGGAGCCGGUCGAAGUCUCCAUUAUCACACGCACGCGGCAACUCAUGCGUUACCCCAUCAACCGCCGUUGACUUAUCCAAACUGGGUCCCGUUUACUCAUUUUGGCUAAAAAUCUGGCACCGGGCAAAGUUAUAUGUGCAAAAAUUUCAUUAUAAAAAGAAUAACAGAGAAAGCGUUUUCCAAAACCUGAACAAAAAAGAACAGGCAUAAAGCCCCUUUAUAAAAUAGCACGAAAGAAUAUAUAUAAACACCCAAAUUACGCGAGGUCGUCAUAAUUUGUCGACGAUAACACAUGCCAGUUUCUCUUUCUACGUUCACUUUCGUUUCUUAUUUGUUCACUACUAUUAGUUUCUUUUUCUUUCUUUGUUCGCAAAUCGCAAACAGUAAUUUUUUCUGUGGCCGAGCUCAAAUUACAUGGCUAGUAUAAAGGAAAAAAAUAAUUAACGUAUACUCAUCGUCGUCAUUAAUCUAUUUUAGAAUUUCACGAAAGAGGAAAAGAGAGAAAUUUAAUCGUUCAAUGUUCUCCUUUCUUUUGAUCGAUGUAGUAUUGUAGUCAUCGAAUCGUCAUUUUCGUAAUACUUUUUCCACACAAACAAAUAUAUGUGGUGAAACUCUCGCUACAUCGGCAACUCAUACAAUUUUAUAUUACUUUUGACGAGUGCGAGGAGGAGGUGGCAGGGUAAAAUUUACUGGACCGAACUUUUCCAAACAGACCAACAGUCUCUCCCAAUUAUUCGGUUUUCUCUAAUUUUUUUAAAUUGUUACAAAUAAUCAAUUCUUAAACCUCACCUUCCUUGUUGGAUAUAAUUAUUAUAUAAAAAAAAGCAAUUUCGAGUAAAAAAUGUAUGAAGGAAAUCGAUAUACACAAAUACUGCAAAAAAGGACAUGUUUUGUUAAGAAUUGAAAAAAUUAAUUAAAUUAGCCUUACAUUCAUUUUGUACAUAUCUUUAGUCCGAAGUACACUUCCAAUUGGAAACUUUGAUCUCUUCAUCCGUUGGAUUUGCUUAAUUUUACUACUCAUUAUCAGGUCAUUAUUUUUGAAAAGAACAAAUCAAAAUAUAUUGAGAAACUUGUAUCCGAUUGAAUACGUAUUUAUCCAAUUGGGUAACGAAAACGUGACUCAUUGACAUGAGAAUAUGCAAAGAAUCGUAUAUUUUUCAUUUAGUGAAGUCUCAAAAUUAUAGUGGAAGUUUCACGACGGAAAAAUGCAAAAUUGUACCGGUAAUCGAUCUUCUGUAGAAAACUCGAUAUAGGCUUUGUCUGGUGGUCAACCUUAUGUAAUUUGUCUUGCGUGAAUACAAACAGUCUUUCACACAGAUUCACCAUAUUUGUUUGCUCGAUAAACAAAUUUACAAUUCAAUAGUCCUUCUCGUGGUAUAUGACAAACCAUUUAUUCACGACAUCGAAAUCGUGUAAUUGUUUUGUCAUGGGAAUUUCCUUCUUCAGCAAAAAGAAUUUUUUCCUCCGAUUGUCUUCAACAUUUUUCGUGAUAAAAUCGUUUCGAAUAUUAAAAAGUAUAUUUUUCAUCAUGGCUGACUGCUGGAUCUAUAGUUUUAUAUACUACAACGGUCAGCCUACCCCGAUUAACUAUCGAUGAUUAUCGGUAUAUUGCUUGAGACGGUGCUUUAGACUUAGCACUCAUCAGUCUUUAAGGCACUACAACGGCAAAAAAGUUUAUCAGAAAACAAACUCAGAUUUUUCCUCGUCAAUUUUGUCAUGGAAUUCGAUCAAUAUUACUUCAGUUGCGAUUGAUUUUGCUUUGUUAUCUAUUAUUUCAAUCUAACAUUCCAAAUCAGUAUUCCGUCAUUGAGUCGUAUUCCAUUUGAGUAGUAAGCCCGUCUGCAGGGUGCCUCGCACUAUAUUUGGUACGAAAGAUAGAUUCGAUACCGUUCGUGUUUUUCUAAUUAUCACCAUAUGAUAAAGUAGCGAACACGUGUAGUUAGUGUGUAGGAAUGAAAGAAUCAUUGAGAUAGAAAGGAUAAGGUCAUUAUUCAAGCGAAGUAAAUUCUAAAUCAGUCGUUGUCUAAAUUAGUUGAAAGUGAGUAGAUUGAAAACAAUUUUUAAAUUUGAAAAUUUUUCGAAUUAUAUCAUUGGCGGUUGAAAUCACACCUCAUGCAGGAAUAGAGUUACGAAGCUGUUAAGUAAGGAACGUAAAUGGAGGAUUAUUUAAACUACUGCAAGGAAAUCAAACCAAUCGGCGCAUAAUUAUUGAUUCUUUUAGCUUAAACCUCGUGAAAAUCACGUGAGUUCGGGCAAGAAAAAAAUACAGAAAAUGGUACGAUCUUGAAUGACGUAUUUAGCUCGAAGAAUCAAUAAAACUUUCUGUUCAUUUAAAAUUUUCAAAUGUGGCAAAUGUUUGUUAUAAUUAAUAAUACUUAUAAAACAUGAAAUAUUAAUAUUCAUUGACACAAUGUAUUGAUAAAUGAAACACAUCGGAAAAAGAGUGUUCGUCGUCGUCUUUAGUACGGCAAGAGUAAGCAUAUGCCCGAGCGAUCAGCUAUAUAAAUUAGCUCAGAUUAUUGGUAGAGUAGUAUUUUUAUACUUGGAAACAAAAAACAUAAUUGAACAUAUUGUACGUGAAAAGGAGAGGCGUGAAAAAAUGAAAACAAGACUUAAAUGGAUAGAGCCGAAGCAAAAGGAAAUAGAUUGAAACAGAAAAAACUUUAGGAUAACUUUAUAUGCGUGAAUAGUAGAAACUAAUAUGAAUUGGUCGACACAAUAGUGUACAACGGAUUGGAAGGGGAUUAAAGGAACCCUACGAGCUUGUCGAGGUGCAGCAGGGUUGUGAAAUUUCAAAAAUCGCGAAAAAAGAGCACUAUACUGAUAUUUGAAAAGAUAAUACAACAGACUGAAUGAAAUAUAUACAUAUGUAUUAUCAUUUUAAAAAAUACUUCGGACGAAUUUUAACAAACAAAAAAUUUACAUCUUUUUUAACCCUCCGAACAAUAGCAACUGUUAGUAAAUUUUAGACAGCUCCUACACAGUUUGGGAUAAUGAUAUGGAGUAGUUCUCCCGAAGGAUCAUAGAUUUCAUAAAGCGCCACGUGAAUAUUAAUUAAACAUCAGCGGUGCACUCAAACAAAUGAAUAGACAUAUUGACGCUCUGGCAUUAUUGAUCACGCACAGAUUUAUAUUCAUCCCCGUCCGCUAAUGUCACACUAAAAUAUGUAUGUAUUCUUGCCAACGAGAAAAAAAAUCGCAGAUUGCUGAAACUCUGCUACUAUCGACACUCAACGACUCUUGAGGAUUGGAAAUUCAAAGAAGAACAUCCUGAAUUAUAAAUGCUAGCAAUGUCAAAUAGAUUAAUAAAAAAUUUGAACCAGUUUCAGUGGUUGUAAUGUUGAGGAAAUAAGAAAAAAGGAGACGAAGGUGGUAAUUAAGAAUAAGGUUGAAAGAAAAUGGAAUAAUGAACGAACAACAAAUGAUUAGCAAAAAAUAAAAAGAGAAAAAAUAUUGUCUUGACGAUGCUAGAGGAAAAUAAAUUACGAAAAGGGCGUGAGAAA